UUCAUUCAAAUUAUUAAUUAAAAAAUUAAGUUCUAACCUUUUAAAAACCCCUCAAAAUUAGGACAUAAUCAAGAAUUCUGUAGAUCUCCGUCUUUUCUGUCUUCUUUCAUUGCUUUAACUCUCAUUUUCUGCUACUUCGCUCAUUUUUCUGGAAAUAUGGCUAAAAUGAAUGGUGUUGAGGAGAUAAAUGGUGUUGCUGAUCAAUUUAAUGAAAUGCGUCGUCCAACUCCAAAAUUGAACCAGAGAAUCAUUUCUUCAAUGUCAAGGAGAUCUGUUGCUGCCCAUCCUUGGCAUGAUCUCGAGAUUGGACCCGAUGCCCCUGAAAUUUUUAACUGUGUUGUUGAAAUUAGUAAAGGAAGCAAAGUCAAGUACGAGCUUGACAAGAAGACUGGGCUUAUCAAGGUUGAUAGAAUUUUGUACUCGUCUGUGGUCUAUCCUCACAACUAUGGAUUUAUUCCACGUACAUUGUGCGAAGAUGGUGAUCCCAUGGAUGUGUUGGUGCUUAUGCAGGAACCAGUUGUCCCAGGUUGCUUUCUCCGAGCCCGUGCCAUUGGUCUGAUGCCUAUGAUUGAUCAGGGUGAGAAAGAUGAUAAGAUAAUUGCAGUUUGUGCUGAUGAUCCUGAAGUGCGCCACUACACUGACAUCAACCAACUUCCUCCUCAUCGUUUGGCUGAGAUCAGACGCUUUUUUGAGGACUACAAGAAAAACGAGAACAAAGAAGUUGCUGUGAACGAAUUUUUGCCACCCCAAGUUGCUCAUGAUGCCAUCCAGCAUUCCAUGGAUCUUUAUGCAGAAUACAUUCUACAGACACUGAGGAGAUGAUUGUCAGUUAGAUUUUUUUGCCAGCCAUAUUCUGAAGUAAUAUUGAAGGACUUUGGCUACAAAAUCACAUGACUCUAGAUGCUACAUAUUGGAGAGUGUUCAAAAAAAAAAAAAAAAAAAAGAUUUUUUUUAUUUGUUCUUAUGUAUUGAUUUAUUUUUCUAGCUGACGUUGUAGUAAGCUUCAGCAAGCUUCAUGAACUUGGAAGUUUUGUUUCUUAGAUCAUGUUUGUUUUUGGAUGCUACUGUAAUGCUGCUCAACAGGAUUUUCUUCCAUUUUAACUCUGUAAUUCAGUUGAUAAACUUGAAUGAAACUUCAGAGAAGAUUUGUUUUUUAAGGCUA